AUGGACCUUAUGAACCGGGUAUUCUUUGAGUAUUUGGAUCAGUUCAUGAUCGUGUUCAUUAAUGAUAUUCUGAUAUAUUCCCGGUCUGAGGAGGAACACAAUCAACACCUUCCUAUAGUUUUAGAGACGCUACGGCGAGAACACCUCUAUGCAAAGUUUAGUAAAUGCGCAUUCUGGCUAUCUUCGGUGGGAUUUCUUGGACACAUUGUUUCCAGCAGAGAUAUAUCGGUGGAUCCACAGAAAAUAGAGAUCAUCACCAGUUGGGAGCAGCCGAAGUCGAUACAGAAGAUUCGUAGUUUCUUGGGUUUAGCUGGGUAUUACCGGAGAUUCGUCGAAGGUUUCUCCAGCAUAGCUCUGUCGUAG